CUUGGUUUUGUAGCAGAAAAUUGCGCCAUCUGGCAACAGUGAACCACAGGACUCCAUUAUCCGUAGCGUCGGUUUGCGAAGCAUUUGUAUUUACAGCUAUAAAAUACCCUUGUUUAAGCGGAAUUCAACUUGAUUUGCCAAAGAUGAACAACAAUCCUAAUCAUUUCCAGAGCAAUGAUCUUGGGUUUGAAGAUUAUAAAGUUGGAUUUAGACAGCCAGGAUUUUAUUUAGAUCCAACGGUUGGUCCAGUUGAUAUAAACACUAUACCAAGUAAUGGUACUGAAUUCGUACUUAUAUCAAAACUCAUUGAAGAGUCAGUUGAGCUUCCGAAAGCAGAAAGACGUGAAAAGAAAAAACCAAAUUCAUUGCAAAGAUGGGCUGCUACUGAAACAUCAUCUUUUGCUUCUUUAUCGUAUGAAUUGAAUAAAUAUAGAGCUGUUCUAGUAAAGAAAUUUCCACUUAAUGUAGCACUUCCUCCUAUGAGUGAGGAAGAGGAAUGGUGUAAAUUCGUGCUUGGAUCUGAAAUAAGUUUUGAGUUAUUUGGUGGUUAUGGAAAUAAUAAAAGCAAUGUAAACAAGAAGGGAAAACAAGGGCAUCAACCCUACUUAAGUAUAAUUUUGCAUUUAAAUCAAGAAGAAUUAAUGGAACUAUUGACAUAUUUUAAGAAAUGGUUCUGUUCCAUUGGUAUGACUGACAGUCUUGGCAGGUGGGUUUAUGCUGUCCUAGCUUGCUUACAGAAACCUUUGAAAAUAGAGUAUGAAAAGUUUUUGGAAGAGUUUUAUGACAGUUGCAAGAAGCAUAUGAAAUCUUAUGAAGGAGAAGAGAAGAAUCGCGUCUAUCUUAUUUCUUACUUGCUUUCUUAUCAUUUUUGUGUGAAAGCUUAUAAAAUAGGACCUUCUUUGGAAAGAUGCAUUGAAUUAAGAAAGAAAUACCGUUGAAAACUAUCAUCUCUUUCAGGGGAAGUUUAUCAUCUGUUUCACGAAAAAUAAUAGAAAUAACUAUUUUGGGACCGUUAAUUGUCAAGUGUUUUGCUUUUUCUUCUGAGAAAUGUUUACUAUUGUAAGGCACAAAAGUUUGAAUGUAUUUUUUAUUGAAAUAGAAUGUAAGAAUCAUUUUAAAGAUCAAAUUUAUUGUCUGUUCUCAUGCUUAAACAUAUUUUUACUAAAAUAUAAAAUUCUUUUUCUUUGAA